AUACAAAUGGAUCAAAAGACGUGCAUGGAAAUUUAGAGCAAAUCCAUAAGCUGAAUUGGAAAAGUAAGACAUGGUGAGCAGUCCCAUUUAAUCCCAUAGUUUACAUGUUAACAACCUCUAUUCUCCCUCUAUAUAAAGUCAUCAAAUUGAGAACAUAAAUUUCACCCAUAAUCAACCCAAACCCACAAAAACCAUACUCUAAAAUCAUUUUCUAUGGCUUCAUUACCUAUGCUAACAACUCUCUUAGUUGUUUCCUUUCUUUUCUCCUGUAUUGUUUCUAGCCACUCAUUAAGUUCCAUAGAAUCAUGGUGUAGCAAAACACCUUACCCUCAACCAUGUGAGUACUAUUUAAGUAACCAGGGUUACAACCAAACAAUAAAAAAUAAAUCCGAUUUUUUCAAAGUUUCACUUAAAAUCGCCAUAGAGAGAGCAAAAAUGGGCCAACAAAACACAAACUCACUAGGCCCAAAAUGCCGUAACCCAAAAGAAAAAGCUGCUUGGGAUGAUUGUAUUGAACUCUAUCACUACACAAUCAAAAAGCUCAACGAAACAAUAGGCACAAAGUGCACACAAAUUCAAUCUCAAACUUGGCUUAGCACAGCACUCACAAAUCUUGAGACAUGCAAAAACGGGUUUUAUGACCUUGGUGUCACAAACUAUGUUUUACCUUUAUUGUCUAAUAAUAAUAUAACUAAAUUGUUAAGUAACACUUUGUCUCUUAACAAGGUUCCUUACCAACAACCAAAUUACAAAGAUGGAUUUCCAACAUGGGUUAAACCCGGCGAUAGGAAACUUCUUCAGACAUCUUCGGCCGCCUCGAAGGCUAACGUUGUUGUCGCUAAAGAUGGAUCUGGCAAGUUUACGACGGUAAACGCGGCCGUAAGUGCCGCCCCAAGUAGUAGUAGUGGAAGGUAUGUGAUAUAUGUCAAGAGUGGCGUGUACAAUGAACAAGUUGACAUCAAAGCAAAGAAUAUUAUGUUGGUUGGUGAUGGUAUUGGUAAAACCAUAAUCACAGGUAGCAAGAGUGUUGGAGGUGGCACCACUACCUUCCGUUCAGCAACUGUUUCUGCCGUUGGAGAUGGAUUUAUGGCUCAAGACAUCACAUUCAGAAACACAGCUGGAGCUGCAAACCACCAAGCUGUUGCAUUCCGUUCUGGCUCAGAUCUAUCAGUAUUUUACAAAUGUAGCUUUGAAGGUUAUCAAGACACACUGUAUGUUCACUCCGAAAGACAAUUUUACAGAGAAUGUAACAUUUAUGGCACGGUUGAUUUCAUCUUUGGCAAUGCAGCCGUAGUUUUGCAAAAUUGCAACAUUUUUGCAAGAAAUCCACCACAAAAAACUAUCACCGUCACCGCUCAAGGAAGAACAGAUCCAAAUCAAAACACUGGAAUCAUAAUCCAUAAUUCUAAAGUAUCACCUGCAUCAGACCUAAAUCCUAGUUCUGUUAAAUCUUAUCUCGGUAGGCCUUGGCAAAAAUAUUCAAGAACGGUUUUCAUGGACACUGUUCUUGAUAGUUUCAUAAACCCUGCUGGUUGGUUGGAAUGGGAUGGUAAUUUUGCUUUAGAUACUUUAUAUUAUGCUGAAUAUGCUAACACAGGUUCAGGUUCCUCUACUUCAAACAGAGUCAAAUGGAAAGGUUACCAUGUUCUUACUAGUGCAUCACAAGCUUCACCGUUCACUGUUGGGAAUUUUAUUGCUGGUAACUCAUGGUUACCAAAGACGGGUGUGCCUUUCACCUCAGGACUCUAAAUUUUAAUACGAUCAAUUCGGUAAACCUUUUGAUCAGUUCUUAAACAUAUCAAUUACUCUCCGUUUUUUUAUAAAAGACAAAUGAGAUAUAAAUGUGUCAACAAAAGUUGAUAUAUUUAGUAUAUAAUCUAUUUGUAUCUUAUUCAUCUUUUAUAAAAAGAUGGAAAGGAGUAUUUAUGUUACAUUAUUGAUUGGGUAAAAAUGUGUUACUUAAUAAUUAUUUUUAAUGAAAUAAGGCAAAAAAAAUUCAUUAGUUGGGCCAAGAAAUUGUAUUGCUACUUGUAUUGAUAAUUUAGUUUUAAGGAAUUGUCACUGUGUUGAUUUGUAUUUGAGUAAAGAAAUAAAGAUGGAAGUUUUACUGAACC